UUUGGAAAUCAAUGAAGAAUGCGGAGAGGGACAUCUGCCUACAUUUUAGGUGACCAUCUCCGAAAUCCCUCCCAUUGACACCUGCACACCAAUGCUUCUUUUGCUUUUCUUUCUCAACUCCAGUCAAAACCGUUGAUGACACCGUGGCCGGUUCACCCCCAUUUACAGAGAUCUGAUCUUAUCAUCAGCACAGCUUUAAAUCCCCAAUUCAUUUUUACAUUAUUCUUGCUCCAUUCAGCUUAAAUCGCUGUUGUUUAAGUGGGAUUUUAUCAGUUCAUAGCUACGACACCUGGGCAUUGACCUUCACUGUAGCUGAAUUUUUCUCUUCCACCAUUCGUUUUUCUUUUUUUUUUUUUGGUGGUUUGAUGGAGUAGACAGAAGCUGAAUUGAAGAGGGAUUUCGAGGAAGAUGACGUCGGGGACUAGAUUGCCGACAUGGAAGGAGAGAGAGAACAACAAGAGAAGAGAGAGGAGAAGAAGAGCGAUUGCAGCGAAGAUAUUCGCUGGUCUCAGGAUGUACGGUAACUACAAGCUCCCGAAGCACUGCGAUAAUAACGAAGUCCUGAAAGCUCUCUGUAAGGAGGCCGGUUGGACGGUCGAACCCGACGGCACCACCUACCGCAAGUUCCUGCAGGGAUGCAAGCCGAUGGAGCUCAUGGAUAUAGCGGGUGGUUCUGCUGUUGCAAGUCCAUGCUCAUCUUACCACCCAAGCCCCUGCGCUUCCUACAACCCAAGCCCUGCCUCCUCUUCUUUUCCGAGCCCAGCUUCUUCAUCCUACGCGACUAAUCCUAAUGCUGAUGGGAGUUCCUUCAUUCCUUGGCUCAAAAACCUCUCAUCUGCAUCCUCAUCAGCUUCCGCUUCCAGGUUUCCCCAUCUAUACAUUCAUAGUGGCUCUAUCAGUGCUCCUGUUACCCCACCAUUGAGCUCUCCAACAGCCCGAACCCCUCGGAUUAAGACCUAUUCGGAGGACCAAUCUGCCUGCCCUGGCUGGAGUGGGCAGAACUACACCUUAUUGCCUUCUUCAACUCCUCCAAGCCCUGGCCACAAGAUUGUUCCUGAUCCAGAUUGGUUUACUGGGAUUCGCCUUCCACAACCUGGGCCAGCCUCUCCUACGUUCAGCCUUGUUGCCUCAAACCCAUUUGGUUUCAAGGAAGAAGCUAUAGCUGGUAGUGGUUCUCGCAUGUGGACUCCUGGGCAAAGUGGGACAUGCUCUCCCACCAUUGCAGCUGGCUUUGAUCAUACUGCUGAUGUUCCAAUGUCUGAAGUAGAAACCGAUGAGUUUGCAUUUGGAAGCAAUGUAACAGGGCUAGUGAAGGCUUGGGAAGGAGAGAAGAUUCAUGAAGAAUUUGGAUCAGAUGAUUUGGAGCUCACUCUUGGGAGCUCAGGGACCAGGUAAGCUGGAAUCAAUGUUUCAUCAGGCGUAUCAAAUUCAACUGUUUCUCUACUUCAACCACCCUUGCUAUGCUGCAGAUAAAGAACUACAAAAGGGUAACUGACUUUUAUUAUAUGGACCUUGAAUCCAUUCUAGUACCUCUACAAAAUCUAUAACUAAAAUGAUCAAACACUAUCUUGUUUUAUAUUCUUUUCAUUUAUAUGUUAAUUUGUUUUUUUUUUUUUUGGUCAAAUUAAGUUAUAAGUAGAUAGUUGUCCAAGACUUGACCAUCUAGGGGUGGUUUAACAACCCUUUCAUUUGGUCACUCUUAAAAGCUAAAAUUUAUUGAUAUA